AUGGAGAUUGGCAGAGCUAAACCACUUUAUAGAUCAAGAAGUGUGCGCAAGCCUCAAUCAUCCUCAGCACUCCAAACAACAACGCUUGAAGACGUCGCUUUGGCUAUGAAUGUCACCAUACCAGAGAAAUCAACUUCAACGAGGAACUACGACAAUUUAGAUGAAAUGGCACCAGAAAUAGUAAAAGAGCAAUUCAUUCAAGUUGAUAACCAGAAAUCUCAUUUCGAAUCUGAGCUUAGCCUGUCUACAGCCAUAGCUUAUCAAUUGUUUCAGCAGAAUGACAAGUUAAAACAGGAUCAAUCCAAACUGUUAGAUCAGAUUGAUGAUUUCAAUAAACUGAUUAGCUACCACUUGAAUUUAAACAACGACGACUUUGUCGUUCAAAAGCGUCAUUUAUCCGUUGCACUUGAGAGUCAAGUUGAAAAAUCUCAGUCGGUUGCUUGGAUUGAAUCUCAAGCGAAUGAGCUGAAAAUUGAGUUAAGCACUCUACAGAAGCAAAUUACUCAUCAAAACCUCAAAGCAAAAAGAGAAUUACGCGAUCUAAAGAAUGAACGUGAUCUGUUAAAAACGUCUUUGAUUUCCGCUGAAACGAGAUUCCAACAGCUCGAAAUACAGUUGUCACUUGCGUGUAAAAGAAAGCCUUUAUCCAAUCUACGCCAAGAAUGGAGAUCGUCAAACGAUCAAGAAAGCCUCUGUAAUUCGCCCGUCCAAUUCCCUCAAGUUAUUAAUGAUAGUCCAUUAGCACAUCGCAGAACAUACAACUCUACUCACUCUUCUUAUUCUUAUUCUUCCCGCGCUUCUUCACCGCAACAUGAACCAUUGGUCUUACAACUCACUAAUACACCAAAACUAUCUUCUCCUAGCGCGAGCGCAAGCGAAACAUUCAUUCAAAAGAGGCCUUCCAGGUCUCCAUCUCGAACUAUAAAGCACGCAAGAUCAUUCUCCGAUAGUGCUUUCAUGAUGGGUGGAUCAACUCAACAGAAGAAAUUAACACUCGAAAGAGAACUCGCAAUGGCGAAAAGUCUCAAUGAGCGUACAAAGAUUGUGUUUCAGUCCGUCGAAAGCUUUACCACCUAUGUCUUUAAGAUACCAAGUUGUUUAUCGAUAACGCAAGCCAUCAUAUCAAUUAAUAUAACUGUCACUUUCGCAAUUUUGAGUACAACGCUCAGAGCUAUGGCUAAGCUUUUGUUGUAUAUGUACCUGGCGCUUGUAUUACUACUCUUCUUACUGAGAUCUCAAAUGAAAGCGAUGAGAUCAUUGAGUGAGUAG